CGUGCUGCAUCUGUGCUGCGCCUCGUUUCCGCCGCCUCCGAUUGAACCCCCCCCCCCCCCCCCGCCCGCCCGCAAAUGUCCCUCGUAGCGUGAUCGAGAAUUGAUUUCGCAGGCCCGUGGCGUGCUGCUGUCGCUGCUGGAGGUUGUUUUUUUCCGAGCAGGGUAGAGUGCGAGUCGGGAGUGUGAAGACGAACUGUUUUCUUUGUAGACAGAAUGGGUUCCGAUGCUCCCGACUCGAUUGCUCCUCGCGAUGUGUGCAUUGUUGGCGUGGCACGGACGCCAAUGGGUGGGUUGAGUGGCUCUCUGUCUAGCCUGUCGGCAACCAAGCUGGGGUCCACUGCGAUUCAAGCGGCGGUGAAGAGAUCUGGUGUGGACCCUUCCCUUGUUGAAGAGGUGUUCUUUGGCAAUGUCUUGAGUGCAAACCUUGGACAAGCUCCGGCACGGCAGGCCUCCAUUGGGGCAGGGCUUCCCAACACUGCACCUUGCACGACUGUCAACAAAGUCUGUGCUUCGGGCAUGAAAGCUGUUAUGCUAGCUGCUCAAAGCAUUCAGCUAGGUCAGAAUGACGUGGUGGUCGCUGGUGGAAUGGAGAGUAUGUCGAAUGCUCCUUACUAUCUUCCCAAAGCAAGAGGUGGCUUACGCUUUGGUCACGGAGAGGUUGUGGAUGGUAUGUUAAAGGACGGCCUCUGGGAUGUUUACAACGAUUAUGCCAUGGGCAUGGCUGCUGAGCUUUGCGCAGACAAUCAUAGUGUUUCCCGAGAAGCCCAAGAUGAUUACGCUAUACAGAGCUAUGAGAAGGCUAUUGCGGCAAACAACAGUGGUCUCUUCAAGUGGGAGAUUGUGCCGGUUGAAAUUCCUGGAGGAAGAGGCAAACCAUCCAUUUUUGUUGAUAAAGAUGAUGGAAUCGAUAAGUUGGAUGCGGGGAAAUUGAGAAAACUUCGACCAGCAUUUAAAUCAGAUGGUGGUUCUGUUACAGCUGGCAAUGCUUCAAGUAUCAGUGAUGGAGCUGCUGCUCUUGUCCUAGUUAGUGGUGCGAAAGCGAAGGAGUUGGGUCUUCAAGUUAUCGCAAAGAUUCGUGGAUAUGCUGAUGCUGCACAGGCCCCUGAACUCUUUACGACUUCGCCAGCAAUUGCCAUUCCUAAAGCAAUCUCUCGGGCUGGGAUUGAUCAAUCACAAGUGGAUUUCUAUGAAAUCAAUGAAGCCUUUGCUGUGGUCUCAGUGGCAAAUCAGCAAAUAUUGAAACUGAAACCGGAAUCUGUGAAUGCCCACGGUGGUGCAGUUUCUCUUGGACAUCCCCUUGGUUGCAGUGGAGCUCGUAUUCUCGUCACACUGCUCGGGGUUCUGAAGGAGAAAAAUGGUCACUUUGGGGUCGCUGGUGUGUGUAAUGGAGGUGGAGGUGCAUCUGCUGUUGUGGUGGAGCUCAUGUAAGGGAUGCUUCAAAGACCCCAGUCCGACAGGCUCAUCUGUGAAGUCAAUUGUUGAUAUAAUCUGCAUUUCAACCACAUAUCUGUGUAGUGAUAGAACACAGGGGCCUUAGGAGAAGUACCACUUGCAGAUAGACGUCACUGUUAUUGCUCCCUUCACUGUUUAGAAACUAGCAGACGGACAUUGUGAAGUUCUAUCUUUAGUUGCAGUCAUUUUUGUGUGAUGGGUUGAACGUUAAAUAUAUGAUUUGAACAGAAGCAGUUCUUCUUUCAGCACCA